GACCCCAAGAAGCCCAGGGCUUGCGAGGCAUGUCGUGGCUUGAAGGUCCGCUGCGAACCAGAUCCAAACAAUCCCGAUGGCGCCUGUAAGAGAUGUGCCAAGGCUGGCAGGAACUGUAUUGUCACCCAGCCCACCCGGAAGCGCCAGAAGAAGACGGAUAGCAGGGUUGCCGAGCUCGAGAAGAAGAUUGAUGCCCUGACGGCCAGCCUGACGGCCACCAAGGCUGCUCAGGCCGGUCAGCCAAUCCCGGGCAUGCCGGAUGGGGCUGGAGGCAUCAUGUAUGGUGGUGGUGGCGGCGGCGGCGGUGGUCCAGCUGGUGGCAUGAAUGUCGCCAGAGGUUGGAGUACCAAUCAAUCGCCGUAUGCAGAUGGGAGCACUAUGGCAUACCCACCGCCCAUGGUUCUGGCCGGUCAGAAACGAAAGUAUACAGAGACGAGAGAGCCGGCAGAGGAUGCACCGACCCCGUCUGUCGCGCACUCGAACAUGGACACAAGAAGUCACGAAUACUCUGACAUUGUCGACCGUGGUAUCAUUACCUCGGAGAGGGCGAGCCUGCUCUUCGAUCGAUACAACUACCAGAUGGCACCCCAUCUACCAGGCGUGGUCUUCCCCAGGGACAUGACCGUAGGCGAGUGCCGGAAGACGAAGCCCAUCUUGUUCCUCGCCGUCAUGUCCGCGGCUUCAUCCGAAACCCCGAAUGUGCAACGGGUGAUCGUCAAAGAACUCAUGCAGGUCUUUGCAGAAAAGAUCAUGCUCAUUGGCGAGAAGAGCAUCGAACUCGUGCAGGCCCUCAACAUCUCUGUCAUCUGGUACUGGCCCCCUGAGCACUUUGAGGAGCUAAAGUUCUACGAGCUCGUGCACAUGGCCGCUGUCAUGGCUAUUGACCUCGGUCUGGGCAAGCGGAGAUCUCGACGUGCCAAGCAGGGCCCUCCCAACUGGCGAGACCAUCCAUUCAGGAAACAGCCUCCUCCCGACCCAACCACCAUCGAGGCCAGACGUACUUGGCUCAUGUGCUACUUUCUCACGACCAACACUGCCAUGGCCCUCCACCGGCCUUUUUUGCUCCGGUGGACCUCGUUCAUGGCCGAGUGUUUGGACGUGCUCGAGUCUUCACCUGAUGCUGCGCCCACCGACAAAUACCUCUGUCAUCUUGUGCGUACGCACCAGCUGGCCGAGGAGAUUGGUUUUCAGUUCUGCAUGGAUGACUCUGCUGUUGCUGUGAAUCUUUCCGACUACAUGACCCAGCAUAAGGUCAGGGGUUUUGAACGAGAGCUGGAGAAGCACAGGCAGGAGGUCACUCGAGAGCUCAUGCAACCGUCAUUGAAGUUCAGCUUUCAUACCAUCAAUCUCUACAUGCACGAGCUAGCACUGCAGAACGAGCCUGCCGAUGCUUUCAAGGCCCCUUUCGCGGCAGAGACACUCCGCGACAGCCUCAUUAGCACCGCAACACUGACACCCGCCUACACCAACGCAUUAGCCUCCUGUCUCACAGCGAUUGACGGCAUUUUUGAAACCUUCUUCUCCAUGGAUGCCAGCAGCAUUCGUUGUUUGCCCGUCUUUAAUUUUGUCAGAGUAGCGUACGCGACUGUAGUGCUCAUCAGGAUCUACUUCGCCGCCUGCGCCCCCAACUCGGAGCUGGGCAAGAUCAUCGACAAGGACAGCAUGAAGGUCGACCAGCACCUGGACACCCUCCUGGAGAAGUUCCGCGAGGUCGGGGCUGAUGACAAGUCGCGACCGGCUGCCAAGUUCCUUGUGGUGCUGGUGAUGAUUCGGUCCUGGUUUCACAAGAUCAGCAAAGGCGAGCUCAACCAGUCGGCGCGGAUUGCUGAUGCCGCGAAUGCAGCCGAGGGCACGUCACCAUUCGCGACGCCGGACGCAACGCGUGCCGCCUCCGAUAAGCGCACGCCCACCAGCGCAACCACCCCUAAUUACUCAGCGCAGGCGAGCAAUAACCCGCUACAACUCCUCUCCGAGGCGGCCACGACCAAC